AUGCAAAUCCUAAUUUUUAUUUAUCUCAUACCAUAUUUUGUCUUCAGUUCUGUUUUUAUCUUCCUCCUUUUUCUAACCAUCUCCAUUUCUUUUGAUUUUCAUUUCCUUUUUCUAUUUCCUUUUAUUUUCCUUACCCCUACUCAUUAUUUGUUUCUACCUUUGUUCCUGCACCUCAUUCUUUCCUGUCACCAAUAUAUUUCUCUGUACUAUCCAUUAAUCAUUCACUUUCUUUUAUCUUUGUUUCUCUCUCUGAUUUCUUCACUUCACUUUCUUUCUACCAUUCUUUCAAAUAAUUUUCUGUUUCAUUUUUUUAUUUGUCAUCCUUUCUUUUACAUUCUUAUUCUUUCUGUUUCUACUAUUUUUAUCUCUCUACCAUUCUUUCAUAUUUUUUUCUCUCUUUUAAUUCUUCCCAUAUUGUUCCUUCACUCUCUUUUUUACAUUUCUUUAUCCCUUAUCCCAUUUCUUUCUGUUUUAAUUUUCUUUAUUUUAUCUUCAUCCUUUCAAUAUCUUGUUUCCUCUUAA